CGCUUUUUUCCAUCAGUCUGCUCUUCCCCUUUCUGCAAAUAGGGGAGCGAGAGAAUAGGGAGGAAGCCCUUUAUCUCUGGUUUGUUGCUCUAGUCUUCGUCUCCUCUUCUUCUUCUUCAUCGCCAUCGUCGUCUCAUUGAGAAGAGAGACAGAAAGAGAGAUGGAUCCUGAUUCCCUGGCGAAGGCUUUCGUGGAGCACUACUACAGCACGUUCGACACGAACAGGGCGGGGCUGGCGAACCUCUACCAGGAGGGAUCAAUGCUGACUUUCGAGGGACAGAAGAUACAGGGAGCCCAGAACAUCGCCGCGAAGCUCACCUCCCUUCCUUUCCAGCAGUGCCAGCACAGCAUCACUACUGUCGACUGCCAGCCCUCCGGCCCCGCUGGCGGCAUGCUCGUCUUCGUCUCCGGCAAUCUCCAGCUCGCCGGCGAACAGCACCCCCUCAAGUUCAGCCAGAUGUUCCAUUUGAUGCCAACCCCCCAAGGAAGCUUUUACGUCUUCAAUGACAUAUUUCGGCUCAAUUAUGCUUAAAAUUCAACAUACUGUCGGCUUUGGAUGGUGAACCAUUUUUUGCGGGAUUUGCUUUGUAUUUUGUUGUGUUUGCCCAAAUUUGGGUUUGGUCUGCGUUUGGUUUCAUGAAGUUGGAUUUUGGAGCAUUCGGAAUCUUGAUGGGUUGAUAUUGUCUUUGGUUUGAGUUAUAGCUGCCGAGGGCCAUGAAGUUCUUUUAUUUCUGGACGCCAGCUAUAUGUCAAUGUUAAAAAGGCCAUCUGGUACUUUUGUUUUGGAAUCCAUCUAAAAGGUGGUAUUUGAGAGUAAAAUUUGAAGCUACUGUUUAGUCGAA